AUAACCUUGCAUUCGUGAUGUCGACGUUAUUUCAGGCCGGCCAAUACUUCGUAUGUUAUGUUUUCUGACCAGUCUUUCUAGCUUAUUACAGAGAUGUUCAAGUGGAUCAAGGUCUGUUCUCUGAGCUGGAAGGUCUGUACAACAACCAUAGACGAAAAAUUCGAGCUGUAUGCUUAGUGCCAGUGUCUUGUUGAAAGUAGUAAGCGCGGCUAAGUCCAAGCUAACAACACUUUUUUGUAGAUUUGCUGGGAUAUUUAAAUAUUGAUAUCAAUUUAUGUGACCUUAAGCAAAAACAAGUUGGCCAACUCAUCAGAUGUAGCCAUAACAUAUCCCUCCGUCAUCGUGUGUUACUGUGGAUUGGAUGUGUUUGGGUUACAGCUCAGUACUUGGUUGUCUCCACACCAAAGUCUGCAUCAUUUACCAAUAAAUGAUGGCAGACUUUUGGUGGGAAGACGACCAUAUACUGAGCUGGAUCCCACACACAAUCAACACACAGUAAAGAGUGGUGGAGGAGGAUCCCAUACACAAUCAACACACAGCAAAGAAUGGUGGGUGAGGAAUUACGGUAUGGGGAUGUAUGGCUGCAUCUGGUGGUGGACAACUUGUUUUUGUUGAAGCAAAGCGAUCCACUAAUUGUGGGGUGCCACAGCUGCAUCAUAUUAUGGGAGAACACAGUUGAAGAGGUUGAUAUAGAUGUGACAAGUUUGGAUGGGUGUGAAGAUGAGGGAACAAGUAAUGACGUUGUCUUACAAACAGAAUAUCCUGCAUCAGAUGAAGUACAAGUAGGGGAUGUAGAAGAACCUCCAAGAAAGAAGAAUAAGUGUAGAAAAGGAGAUGCAUAUGAUGAAGCUGCUGCUGAUCUGAACAUGAUCAUAAAUAUAAUUGACACCAUCAGAAACAAAAAACAAGCUACAAACAACAAACAAGAAAAAAAGUCACCACGUGACAUAUUUUCUGAUUAUGUGGCAUUUAAAUUGAAAACCUACAAUAACCAUGUACAGAACAUAGUGCAGUUUAAAAUUCAUGAAGUGUUCUUCCAGGCAGAUAUGGGCAAUUUUGACAGCCCCUCUACCACAACAAACCAGCAAACUGAAAUUAUUCAGGCCUCUCCAUCUUCUUCCGCCAUAACUAUUGACACAAACGAUACAAAACAUUCCGAUACUGUGGUACACACACUUUUGCUAUAGUUUUUAUUUCCAACUAUAGACAUUUUCAUAUACUUAAUAUUUAAUUUAUUUAAGAGAAGACAGAAAAAUAAAUGUCUUUGAGAGUAAACAGGUAAUAUUGAUUAAUACGAAAUUAAAAUAUGUUAAAGAUCUGAUCGUUAUCAUGACAUAUUUUUCAAGUGUUUGUAAUUAUGUCACAUUUUUGCUAUCAUUUUAUGAGACUUCAUUAUACUAAUGAAAUGAAUAAAAAUCAUUCCCUCCGUUGUGCUACCACCCAUCUAACAAACUGUGAUAUCAAAUACCCUGUAAGACGAUGUGCCUCCACAACUCGGUGCAUCUGGCUGUUUUGCAGAAGACCUGGGACUGAUCACCAGUACUGCCAAGGAUAUUUCCUUGGUGGGAGGACAGGAACAAAAUGCACUAAGCUUUGUGAUGCCAGUUGAGGAGUUACUUGAUUGAUAAGUAAUGAUUCCAAAGUCAAGAAAUCCAGCAGCAGCUGGGAGAGCAGUGUGCUGACCCCAUGACCCUCCAUACUACAUCCAAAUGACACCACUGGCAGAGAAUGACAUGGCAGUUAGUAGCCCCUGAUUGGGUUGUCUGAGCCAGAACCUGGAUCUUUGAUUUGCUAUAACAGAGGUCUUAUAAAUUUUUAGAUUACAUCCGUAAUUUUUAUUGAUAUUAUUUCUUAUAUUUACCUUAAUGAAAGCUUCAUUUAUGGCACUGCAAACAGCAGGAAUUAUCUUAGAUGUAG